GUGGUGGCUGUGUGCGGCUGUGUGGUCUUUCUCAGCCUCUUUUGGUGAGAAAGCACCAUUCACCCCCUGUGAAGCCACAUCUCAGCAAACAGCAGGAAACACCAGAGCACAGCUGACCAGUAAACAAACAUCAUACCCAAAGAUCUUCACCUUGCCUUGCAGAGCUCAGGCAUGUGAGUGAGCUCCUGCAUGUCAGCUGAGUCCCAGGAGCUGACCUUGUCUGCUCUGGCUCCUGUUGGGGUUAGAUGAAAGGGGCUUAGGCUAAUCUUGCCUGCCUGAGAGCUGCGACAAGUCACACCCCACAGCUCAUUCCUGCAGCUGAGCCAGCACAGGGUGUUUUAUUCCAUCACAGCACCGAAGGGCACCGGCCGGAGCCGCCCCGGGUCUGCCUUGAAACCAAAAGUGAAGGCAUGACCUGCUGCAGCUGUGAGAAAAAGGGUGUUGUGAGAGUCAGCGCCACCCUGACACGGAGCUGAGCAAGGUCAUCACUAGGAAAAGAGAGCACAUAGAGGCCCAGCUCGUGUCCUGCCUCCAAGCUUGCAGGCAUUUGUUAAAUCCCCCAAGGUUGUGACUGAAACAAAUCCUGUGACUCAACAAGGCCUCAUGGAAGGAGAUGGAAUCCCAGCUUAUGUGGGGCUGUGUUCUCUACACAAGUCCCUGCAGCCACAAGGUCUUUUCCGAGAAGGAUGAUUCUGCUCUCCCUGAAUAAACCCUAUUGUUACAUAAGAGAGGCAAAGACUUAACACAAUGCCAGCUUUGUGACGGUCAUGGGUCUGCACCACUGCAGCGAAGACACAAACCAUUCUCACUGAAGGGGGCACUUCUGGAAUGGUAAUUAGCCAAGAGGCCAGCACAGCUGAGGGAGUGCUCAUGGAGCCCACUGCACUGAGAGAGCCAGCUCCGUGGAAAAGUGACAUCCCCAGAGGCACUUUGCGCUGCCGUGAAAGAGCUGUGCCAGUACAGCACGGGUGACCCCUUUAGUCAACAGAAACCCUUGAUCGGAUUUUUGCUCAGCCCGGCGCCCCAAGUGACCAGGGAAAUCCCGAUGACCAAACCUCGCAGCACUUGUCAUAUUUCUACGAGUGACCCCGCAGUCUCUAGAGAGAGAAGAAAAGCUACGCUUCUAGAGAGAGUAAAGAUCUGAAAAAUCCCAGAUGAUGGCUUCUGAUGCCAGUCAUAUGCUGGAAGCAGCUUUGGAGCAAAUGGAUGACAUCAUUGCAGGCACAAAGUCAGCCACAGAGUAUGCUAAUGGUGGUUAUGAUGUCGUGUCACCUGCUCCAUCGGUGUACCUGGGCACAUUUCAAAUUUUGCACCUCCUGGAAGAUCUGAAGAUGGCCCUGGAGAUGCUGGAGGACCCUCAGGAGAAAGAAGCACUGCGAAACCAAAUCCCAGGGGCCACGGCUGUGUGUCUGAGGGAGUGGUUUGAGGAGAACCUGUCACAGGUGAACCAUCAUCCAUCCAAUAAUGAAACUUAUCAAGAAAGGUUGGCACGAUUAGAAGGUGAUAAAGAGUCGCUCAUCCUGCAGGUGAGUGUUCUCACAGACCAGGUGGAAGCUCAAGGAGAGAAAAUCCGGGACCUAGAAAUCUGUCUUGAGGGGCAUCAGUUGAAGCUGAAUGCUACAGAAGAAAUGCUCCAACAGGAGCUGCUGAGUCGCACGUCGCUUGAGACUCAGAAAUUAGAUCUGAUGGCUGAAGUUUCAGACCUGAAGAUUAAGCUGGUUGGUAUGGAAAAGGAGCAGAGUGAAUAUGAAGAGAAACAGAACAAAGCUGAGAUGUGGACAGUUCUGGACAUCAAAGGAGCUCUGGGUUUUGCUGUAUUGGUUAAGAAAGGUUUGUUACAGGAGCUCAGACACCUAAAAAUUAAAGUGGAAGAACUGGAAAGCGAAAGAAAUCAGUACGAGUGGAAAUUGAAAGCAACUAAAGCUGAGAUAGCCCAGCUGCAGGAGCAGCUGGCUCUCAAAGAUGCAGAGAUAGAACGCUUGCAAAGUCAGCUCUCCAGGACCUCCUCAUACACUGAAGUGGCAGAAAGAGAGGAAGUUUAUAGGAGAAGGCUAAAAGAAAAACACCAAGAAGUUCAGCGGUUGAAGAUAGGAAUGGAGACGUUAUUGGCUGCAAAUGAAGAAAAGGACCGUCGGAUAGAGGAGCUGACACUGCUGCUAAGCCAGUACAGGAGGGUCAAGGACAUAAUGAUUGCAGCUCAUGGCUCUUCUGCCUCUGGUGGCAGUGAAGAGGAACUUGAGGCAACUUUAAGGAAGUGGAAUCUUUUGAAUAACUCUCAAGGAGAAUUACUGAGAACAGAGGCCUCUGCAGGAGAAUUGCCACCAGCUGUGCUCCCUCCAGUGCCACACAAAGCCAUGGAAAUCAGUGGAAGCGUUCCAGUACCUUCAAGUAAUUUAACCUCUCAGCAGGAGGAAUCUCUGGAAGUCACAAAUGGUGUUCCACAGAAAAAGAAGUCAAGUAGUUUAGAAGACUUGCAGAGCGAAUGCUUGGAAAAGUAUGUAGAUGGAAAACCAGCACAGCCUGUUGUAGAACAAGAGAGUAAGCCAGUGGGGAAAGGCAGCAAGUACCAAACACUGCCAGGAAAGCUGCCCCGAGCCCUGCAGAACGGAGAGCAGGGAAUGUACAACUCCCCUGAUGGAUGUGGCACGAGUGACAAUGAUGACAACAGCAUCCCGUGCCUGAAUCGCGUCAGGAGUGUCAGUGCACCCGUGCUAGGAGAAACAGAGAACGUGGAUGGUACAGUGGUCUCAGAUGACCUUUCACCUCACCCUUCGGGAACGGAUUCAAGUCCACAAUCUCCAUGGUCUCCAGAAAACAGAAAGAGUCCAAAAGGGAUCAAGAAAAUCUGGGGAAAAAUACGAAGAACUCAGUCAGGUAACUUCCCUGCAGACGACCUGGGCCUGGCAGAGUUUCGGAGGGGCGGUCUGCGGGCAACAGCUGGACCGCGCUUAUCCCGAUCCAAAGACGCCAAAGGCCAGAAGAGUGACCACAAUGCCCCAUUUGCUCAGUGGAGCACUGAAAGAGUUUGUAACUGGCUGGAGGACUUUGGCCUGGGCCAGUACGUGAUUUUUGCCCGGCAGUGGGUGACGUCAGGCCACACGCUGUUAACUGCCACACCUCAGGACAUGGAAAAGGAAAUGGGAAUAAAGCAUCCACUGCACAGGAAGAAAUUGGUUUUGGCCAUUAAAGCUAUAAAUGCAAAACAAGAUGAGAAGUCUGCACAACUUGAUCAUAUCUGGGUGACACGGUGGCUUGAUGACAUUGGCUUACCUCAGUACAAAGACCAGUUUCAUGAAUCCAGAGUAGAUGGAAGGAUGUUGCAGUACUUAACUGUGAAUGACCUUCUCUUCCUGAAAGUCACCAGUCAGCUGCAUCACCUGAGUAUUAAAUGUGCCAUUCACGUGUUGCACAUCAACAGCUUCAACCCCCACUGUCUACGCAGGAGGCCAGUUGAGGAGAACAUCUCUCCUUCCGACGUGGUGCAGUGGUCCAACCACAGAGUGAUGGAAUGGCUCAGAUCCGUGGAUCUGGCAGAAUACGCGCCCAACCUUCGAGGCAGCGGAGUGCACGGGGGCCUGAUCAUUCUCGAACCUCGCUUCAACGGUGAUACGCUGGCCAUGCUCCUGAAUAUCCCACCCCAAAAGACCCUCCUGCGACGCCACCUCACCACCAAUUUUAAUGUGUUAAUUGGGCCAGAGGCACAACAAGAAAAAAGAGAAAUCAUGGAGUCAGCAGCAUACACACCUCUGACCACCACUGCCAAAGUUCGGCCAAAGAAACUUGGAUUUUCGCAUUUUGGAAACUUAAGGAAAAAGAAGUUUGACGAAUCAACAGACUACAUUUGUCCUAUGGAUACAAGCCCAGCUGCUACAAAUGGUACUUCGAAAAACUAUGGUGGCCACAAAGGACUUAGUCCUUUCACUGACAGGGAACUGGAUCAGAUGGAACAUUCAGAAGGCACAGUAAUGCAAAUAGGGGCUCUUUCCCAAGGCAUAACCCACCUCACGACGCUGCUGAGCCAGGAUGAAAUGCUGAAUGACAGCAGGUUUUUAACACCGACCUUUGAAGACUGGAGAUGACGCUUCAGCAUGACCAAGAACACGACUCAUACCUCAUGCCUGCAGAAGUGGCCAGGAGCAGCUGGAUGCCGUGCAGCAGGAAAGCUUUAUCUCUUUCCUGCCACUGCCACCUCCCAUGUAGCAUUUCCUAUUGUCAGUGCAGCCACAUGUUCCAGGUAACUCUCCUCUGUGCUGUAUUCCCACAUUGUGUAAUAGGAAACGGUGUUGGGAGAGGAGUGGGACUCAUACCCAGAGUCUGGAAACCCAAGACUGGCAACGUUUUUUCCUUUUAUUGGGUUGUCUUUUACGUGCUGUGUUGAUGUACUCUUAGUGAAAGACCUGUUGUAAUUUUUUAUUUUUAUAAUUAACUUGUAGUGCAGGAAUCAUUAAUACAUAAUUGUAUCAUGGGGGUUAAUCAGAGCUACCUGGAAUUCAGCAGUAAGGCUCACUCACCCCUCCACUGGUCCUGCCAGACUGGGCCCCAGAAAGAUUUCAAACUCUCCCUUUCAUUGGCACCUGUCCUGCCCUCUUUUUGUCGAAGUCAGGAUGAGAAGAUGUAGGAUGGGAAGAAUGGAACAUAAUACUGUCCACCCGAGCCCUUGCUUUCAUUAGGAUGAUGAGCUGCCACGUUCACAAAUCUUUCCCUAAGGCAAAAACAAUUGCAGGAGGAAAUUGUAACUCUGAGACUACCAGGAAAGUACCAGAAUAAAACAAAGAUUGAUUUAUUUAAAACACCUGACAAAAUAAAUCUGUUGCUGUUGUACUGGGCUGGACAGGACUGCAUCAAAGGGAAAUAUGGCCUCUCGCUUUUUGAGGGGCUGGGGGUGAAGCUGUCACCUUUACAGCAGCAUUUCCUUGUGGUAUCUCUUUACAUGUGCAUCUCCUGUAUUAGUGAGCUAUUAAGAAGUUCUCUUAGUAAACAGAUAAAUGCCGGCAAAAAAUCUCCUUAAUUGUAAGGAAAAGUACUUUGUAUAGGGCUGGUUUGCAUUACUCUCUCCCUGAUGGCUGCAGGUGUUGCUUUAGACUCUGAUAUAGCCUGAGGGCAGGUCCCUGCCAGCCACAACCCUCCCAAACAAAGAGGGAAACUCCAGGCCUGGCCACAGGAAGCAGCAAGGGCUCUUUUGAGCACCUGGGGUGCAUUUUACAGGUGAUCUAUCCUGGUCCUCACUUGACCAGUGUCUCAUGACAGACCUUGCACUGUAUGGUCAGGCAUAAGAAGACAAACGCAUGAUUUGAUUGUCCACAGUGGUAAAAUCAAGGCAGGUUCUUUUCAAUCACUGCAAAAAAAGGGGAAACUCAAUAGAAUGAGAAGUCUACGCAUCAGCAAACUACUACUGUUUAAUGUUUAAUAUAAGGUAUUAAAUGUACCAGUCUGGCAGUGCAGUCAGUACUAGUGACCAGCUCAGGUACCACAGGCAUUUGAAAUAUUUUGUCAGGUCAAUUAGCCAACAGACUUAUUUACAGCACUGCAAAUGGGACAGCUGCUCCAGCAGCCCUGGGAUAUUCCAAACACAACAGUUCCUCUUUCUUUCAAUGCUGUAUUUACAACUCAGUGUGGUGUUGUGCUAACUUGGCCGUGAAUAGUCAAUCCACAAAACAAUUGAUUCUUCUUUUAAAUAUACAUAGUAGGAAAUCCUAGUUAGCAUAACACUGGUAUAAAUGCUUAGGUUUUUGACUGUUAUGAAUAAAUUCUGAAUGUUCCCCUCUCA